GCCAUCGCAGGAGCAGGCGAUGGUUGGCUGCCGAGCUCCCGCGAGAGGGAAUGCGGGCACAUGUGCGUUUUCACGAAUUGCUUGGGCCGAUAAGCUCACUUCACUUUGGGACAUUCAGGAGUCGGCACCGUCAGUGACCAUGGCCGAGAAGGCGACGUUUCACGAGGAUGGACUCACCGCCCAGCAGCUAAUUGGACAAGGCGACGGGCUCACCUACAACGACUUUCUCAUCCUUCCCGGCUACAUUGAUUUCAACGCUGACGAUGUCGAGCUUACAUCCAAGCUCACGAAAAAAAUUACCCUCCAAGCCCCAUUGGUAUCGUCGCCUAUGGACACAGUCACAGAAUCUGAGAUGGCCAUCGCAAUGGCGCUCUGCGGAGGCAUUGGUAUCAUUCACCACAACUGUACUCCAGAGCACCAGGCCAGCGAGGUGAACAAAGUGAAGAAAUACAAGCAUGGUUUCAUCCACGACCCCGUCGUUCUGAGCCCAAACAACUGUGUAGCAGAUGUGUUUGAAGUGAAGAGGACGCACGGUUUUGCCGGUGUUCCCAUUACGGAUACUGGGAAGCUUGGUGGCAAGCUUGUCGGCAUGGUCACCUCUAGGGACAUCGACUUCAUCCCUCCUGAAGACCACAACAAGCUCCUAUCUGAUGUGAUGACCUCACUAAAGGACUUGGUUGUGGCGCCCUCCAAGGUAACCCUGACUGAGGCCAAUUCGCUGCUUCAGAAGAGCAAGAAAGGCAAGCUUCCCCUGGUGAAUCAGCAGGGCGAGCUGGUGUCGCUGAUUGCACGCACGGACUUGAAAAAGAGCCGAAGCUACCCCUUUGCUUCAAAAGAUGAAAACAAGCAGUUGCUAGUUGGUGCGGCGAUCGGCACCCGGGAGACAGACAAGCACCGCCUGGAUCUCCUAGUCCAAGCUGGCGUAGAUGUUGUCGUACUGGACUCUUCACAAGGCAACUCCAUCUACCAGAUCACCAUGGUGAAGUACAUCAAGAACAAAUACCCAAACCUGCAAAUCAUCGGAGGGAACGUUGUCACGUCCGCUCAGGCAAAGAACCUCAUCGACGCUGGAGUCGACGGUCUUCGUGUUGGCAUGGGCUCUGGCUCCAUUUGCAUCACCCAGGAAGUGAUGGCAUGUGGAAGGCCGCAGGCUACAGCGGUGUACAAGGUGGCGGAGUACGCAAGGCGGUUUGGUGUACCUGUGGUAGCGGAUGGCGGCGUUAGCUCUGUGGGCCACAUCAUCAAAGCCUUAGCCCUGGGUGCUUCCACUGUCAUGAUGGGUUCCAUGCUGGCUGGCACAACUGAGGCUCCCGGCGAAUACUUCUUCUCCAACGGGGUGCGUCUCAAGAAGUACCGUGGCAUGGGAUCGCUGGAUGCUAUGGACAGUGCCAAGGACAGCGGCAGCCUGAACCGAUACCAUCAAAGUGAACAGGACAAGGUCCGGGUGGCCCAGGGAGUGACGGGCACCAUUGUCGACAAAGGAUCAAUCCACCGCUAUGUGCCGUACCUCAUCACAGGCAUUAGGUUUGGCUGCCAGGACAUCGGCGCUCGCAGCCUGGACGUGCUCAAGACAAACAUGUACUCGGGCGACAUCAAGUUUGAGAAGAGAUCAGUCUCUGCUCAGGCUGAGGGUGGAGUGCAUGGCUUGUACUCGUUUGAGAAAAAGCUGUAUUGAGCCAGGCCUCUUAGUAAAAUGGGAAGUCCUCCAAAGCCGCCCAUGCUGACCAACAUUCCCGCAGAGAAUCGACGCCAAGAAAUGACAAACGAAUCGGAAUCGAUGCCACAGCGAGAAGGAACUUUUCAACGCGAGCUUAUACAACAGUAGUCCCGAUGUUUUUACUGCGGCCAAACCGUGUGGUACAAUGCCAGAUCGAAGUACCGCAGCAAAAGUAACUUUAUCUGCUGUUCAUGCGACGUUAAAGUCAAGAUGCCAUGUUGAUUUAGUUUUAUUGUUAAUAUAUCUUUAUUUUGAAUUCAGUGCGCACAUUUUGGUUCACAUUCCAUUGUACUGGAGAGCUGAAUUGUUUUGUUUUUUUCGUUACGCUCAAGUUUUUGUGAUAGUAGGCAAUGUACAAUUUAUAUGAACUGUUGCUACACUUAACAGCGCACACAAAGUCUGGAUGAAUUUUCUCAAACCUCUUGCUGUCUGCAAGAAUGGCAUCAUUUGCAACGACGUGAAGCAUGUCGAUCUGUUAUGAGCUAUACCUUGCAUGAAUAUUUUGUAAAGAGCUGUACAGAUGAACCACUGAAUGUGCGGGAUGGCACAUGGCUUGGUGUUGAGGCAGCUGGGAAGCAUCUCGAAGUUCACUACGGCUGUACCUACUGUUUAAUUAUUUUUUUAUAUUGUGCCAUUUGAAUAAAGUUUACAUGCGAUGCAACUGAA